AUGUCAACUCCUCCAGCAACUCCUGUUGCUCCAACUUAUGACCCAUACUUUGAAGAUAGAUAUAAAGUUACAGUACAUGUAGAACUAUCGCUGUUCUUAUUCAUAGGCCUUACUCUGGCAUUCAUCCUAAUAAUGAUUGGUGUGAUGAUGGGAUUCCGUUGGUAUUAUCGUCAAAUGCUUGAAGUUCGACUCAAAGAGCUUCAGCAGACCUAUGAGCCAGGAAGAAUUUUCUUGAUCGAAAACGCCGGAAACGAAAUCAUUCAAGUCCGUCCGGGUCCGCUGUCUCCUCCGAUCACUGAUCAAACUGAAUACAACGUCGUUGCUGGUUAUCUUCGUGAUGAUAAAAGAGGACAACUUUUCUAA